AUGAGUCAGCAACCGUCUGAGGACGAUAGGCCACUGAACCCCUCUAAUCCUACGGAUCCAGCAUCAAAUGAUGACCAGAAUCGAGAUAGAGGGUCUGAAAGUCAGCCAGAACCAAACUACAACUUGUUCGACUACUUGCUUGAUACAGCACUAGGACGGUCUCAGGAUCAACCUGGCCACAGUGCAACCCCUACCAACUCGACCAACGCAAGUACAACACCAACAGUAACGCUAGACCAUGGUCCAGCUGCUGACGCCACGGGAGCUGCAUCAGGCACUGAGGCUCAAACCGGUCCACAGCUGUCUGAACCACAAUCUGGCCUGAGUGGACCUGCGUUGGGUUACCAUCCGUUGGGCAUAGUCGGAACAGAUCUUUCUGGCUCCAUAAUUAUCACCGUGAAUUACAUGUUUCUAGAUGGGACGGAAGGAGACGGUCCUGGUAGAACUGGCUCUUUGGUGGUGACCUUGCCUAAUACAGCUGCUAACAGGGAACCUAGAGCCAUCCAGCUGUUCAUCUCCUUAGCUACUCGUAUGGCAUACCUGGUUUUAGUAUCAAGCACACAAAGAAAGAAGGGAAUUCACCCUGAUACCUUUCAAAAGUUUCCAGUUAAGUCUCUUCCAGGGCUUACGGAACAAACUUGCGCUAUCUGCUUUGAACAGUAUGAGCAGCUCCCACCACCUAUAGACGACUGUGUCACAAAGAAGCGUAAGAUGAACCUGAGGGAGCCCACACCCACUGCAUCCACCUCCAGCGAACGUGAGGAAAAGGCAACUCUAGAAACUUGCGACAUUGAAUGGAAACAUGUACCAGUUGAACUUCCGUGUGGUCACGUCUUUGGCCAGUCAUGCUUGGCUCAUUGGCUAAAUGAGAACCGCAACUGUCCCUUGUGUCGUAACAACAUCCCUGACGAAGUUGGGGAUAGAAAUGACUUACCGCCUGUUACUUACUUGCGCUUUGGGGGACCUGGUGCUGGCGGUAUGCAUCUUUACGAUGACAGACAACCUUCUACUGGUGAGGAUUCGGCGCCACAGCCCGAAUCUCGUCAGGAUCAAUCCGAGGAGCAAGCACCAAACCCGCCACAAGACACGCAGAACCCAGGUCUACUUCGAAGGGCAACCUCUGUCAUUUUCCAUCCUCAUAGACAUGUCAGAUCGACAGACAGAGCGGGGCUGCCUUCAUUGGGACGUCGCCGUAACUCUCCAGUUUCGCCAAUGAUUACCCAAAUUCUCAACUUGUUCAGCAGAAAUAGAAGAAGGGAACAAGAAAGAAGAGAUUCCGGUGAGGCCGAGAGAGGCGCGUCAUCCAUAUUUGCAUCGGGAGUUUCAAGCAGGCGGACUGCUGAUGGUGUAGAAACUACCACCACAGAGCAUGGCCUGGAGGAUUCUACUGAGUCUAACCAGGGCCUGUCUCGUGAUACCCCACAGGAGGAGGAGGAGCAUUAG